AAAGCUGGCUUCAUAUGCAUCAGCAUCAUCACCUCUCGUCUCCUUCCUCCUCUUCUCCUCAGUUUCUUACCUACUACCAUACCUUACCCUACCCACCAUCUCUCUCUCCCUCUCUCAAAGUCUAAAGUUCAACAGUGAAACACUCUUGAAUCCUUGAUUCUUCUGCUGUUCAUUCCAACGCAAGUCCUUUACUAUCUCUCUCUCACACGCGCGCGCGCGCACGCAGCAAACCAAUCAUGGCGCUCGAGCACUUAGCUCCGCAAAGACCCUUUUAGUUCGUUAGCUCCUUGUGAGAGGAGAGCUGAGCUGAGCUGAGCGGAGCAUGUCCAUGACGCCCCCGAGCCAGCUCCGUCCCUAAGAGACGUUUUACUACGAUUCAUGGACUCGUUCUCCCACUCCUCGGCCUUCGGCAUGGUCGGCGGCGGCCACUGCGACGGCGACGGGGACGGGGACGGGGACGCGAGCUUCGCCGGCGUGCUCGAGGUCCACGUCCACCACGCGAGGAACAUCCACAACAUCUGCAUCUACGACAACCAGGACGUGUACGCCAAGUUCUCCCUCACCUACAGCCCCGACGACGCCCUCUCCACCCGCGUCGCCUGCGGCGGCGGCAAGAACCCGGAUUUCAACGAGACCCUCGGCCUCCAGGUGACGCAGCCCGACUCGGUCCUCAAGUGCGAGGUCUGGAUGCUGAGCCGCGCGCGGCACCUCAUGGAGGACCAGCUCCUCGGAUUCGCCCUCGUCCCGCUGUCGCAUAUCGCCGGGAAGGGCAAGGUCACUCGCGACUACAGCCUCUCGUCCACCGACCUCUUCCACUCCCCCGCUGGGACUGUCCGGCUCGGCCUACAGCUCACCGCGUCGGCCCCGGUCGACUCGGCGGCCAACUCGUCGAUCAGCUCCGAGGUGGUGCUGCUCGACCGGAAAGUCUCGGAGGUGAUCCUCGACCCGGUCGAGUAUUCCAAGAUCGAGUUCCCCGAAAUCAGCCUCGUGAGGGAGAAUCAGAAGAUGGUGUCCGCGUACUUUGACCUGGCGAGUCGGGGCUCGACGAGCUCUGGCUCGAAGCCCAACAGCAAUGGCGGGUUGUUCGGGUCCUUUCUCCAUCUGGGCUCGUCCCCGACCACGAUCGACGACUGCGAGAUGGUUCAAAAUCACAACUUGGAGCGACCCGACUUCUCCAUCUCGCCGGACGGGAGUGGCCGGAACUCCGGGUUCUUGAGCUCGACUACCACCAGCUUGAGCGAUGAUCGGAACUCGGCCGAGUCCAUGGUCGAUAAGAAGGCACGGUCCGGCUCAGGUUCGGGCAUCGACGCGUUGAAUUCAGCGAAUCCCGAGGCCAGCCAUGGCUGUGGGGCCUGCCCUGACACUCCGACUUCGAAGAAAGCGUGCGAGAUCAUCAAGAUCAUGAAAGAUGAGAACGAGGAGUGUGAUUCCGAGGAAGGAGCGAUCAAGGGAAGUAAUAAUGAAGAAGGGGACGCGGAUGUGAAUGUGAAUACCGAUCGCGCUAAGUUCGGUCGUCAUCAUCAAGUGUUUUCGGCGCCAAUCGGUAACAUGAAUCUCGAGGCAGAGCAAUCCGCGAUGCAACAGCAGAUUGUAGACAUGUACAUGAGGAGCAUGCAACAGUUCACGGAGUCCCUCGCCAAAAUGAAGCUCCCGAUGGACAUCGACAAGCCCGAGAUCAAAGAAGAGCUUGCCGCUGCCGGCGAGAUCCGGACCCAAAAAGGCAAACUGGAUUUGGAGAAUAACAACAGCAGCAAUAACAGCAACAGGAAGGAUCAGUCGCGGGUUUUCUACGGUAGCCGCGCGUUCUUCUGAAUCAGUAACUACAGAUAGGAUGCCGAUUUUCGCAUGGCUGAUCCCAUCCAGCAGGGCUGCGAGGAUUUUAACUUGUUAGUACUUGAAUUAAUUUAUGACCCUCCCCUCAGAGCAUAUGUCCCCUGAGAUUGAAUUCGAGCCUAAUGGUCCAACAGCUACCACUGCAGACAGAGUGGUGGUCUAAAUUGUGUCAUUGUGCUGUAAGUUUCAUGAUUAUAGCUUCAAGAAAGUGUCGGGUGAUUAUUACUUCUCGUUCUUGAGUAGCUUCCGACCGAUCUGGUGCUGUUCCAAUAGCCACUUUUGGACCAGCUUGCAUUGUGGGUGUCCUCUGGAAUCACGAGUUACUGUUCCAAUGUCUAAUCCGGAGCGGGAUUCUGUCUCCAGGACUGAUGACUUGCGAUG